AUGGGCAUGGCUCUCCGUCAGAGGCAUAGCAAGGAGUUCCUGGACCAAGUCACAGAGCUCGAGCAGAAUGAGAUCUGUCUAGUCGAUGCAGAUGCUGAGAAGGCGCUGGUAUGGCGUCUGGAUGCGAUAUUCCUUGUUGUUGGGUUUCUGGGAUAUGCUUUUAAGUACCUCGACCAGACCAACAUUAGCAAUGCAUACGUUUCUGGCAUGCAAACAGACCUAAAGCUUUAUGGAAACGAGCUAAAUUAUUUCACCACGUUUUUCAACAUCGGCUACAUGGUCAUGCUUUAUCCCUCAUGCAUUAUAAUUUCUCAUAUCGGACCAGCGAUUUGGCUGCCUACAUGUGAGGUUCUUUGGGGAAUCUUUACGUGCUGUUUGUCCACUGCCACGUCUGCGAAGCAGGUCUAUGGCCUUCGCUUCCUCAUUGGGUUCUGCGAAGGCGCUACCUGGCCGGGAUACUUUACUAUCAUCAGUCAAUGGUAUCUUCCGCAUGAGAUGGCAUUGCGCAUGAGUCUUUACAACAUGGCUCAACCAGUCGGUGCUAUGCUUUCCGGAGCACUGCAAGGUGCACUCUCCACAAAUCUGAACGGUUCGCUUGGAAGAAGCGGCUGGCAAUGGGCUUUCAUCAUCAAUGGAAUAUGCACGAUUACUGUUGCCCUUCUUGCCUAUGUAGCAGUGCCUGGAUUUCCGGAAAGACAAAAUCCACUCUCCAAGAUAUAUCUCAAGUCCCGACACAUCGAAACUGCUCUUGCGCGCACGCGUCGUGUCGGCCGGAGCCCACAAGUUGGGAUCACGCCCAGAACCUUCCUUCGCGCCUUGAGAUUCUGGCAUCUUUGGCUAUUCUCUAUUGCAUGGUGCAUUGGCACGGGGACGACCCCAACGAACUAUUUCAAUCUUUGGCUCAAAUCCUUGACCAACACUGAUGGAACGAAAAAAUACUCAGUUGCUAUGCUCAAUUAUCUGCCCAUUAUUGGCCAAGCGAUUCAACUCGUCGCGGAGAUCCUCUUCAGUGGUUUCAGCGAUUUCUUUGGCACCAGACUUCCGUUUCUGCUUUUGCAUGCCGUAAUCAACAUUACAUCCCUCAUAAUUCUGGUCAUUCGCCCGAGCAGCGAGUCUGCUUACAUGGUUGGAUGGUACAUGAACUACAUCGGAGCCGUCUCCACAAUGCUGCUAUGCGCAUGGGCAACUGCGCACCUCGAGACAGAACCUCAAGUCCGAACAGUUUUAUUCGCCACCGGCACACUUUUCUCAUAUCUCCUCAGCGCAUUCCUUCCCAUUGCCGCCUACCCCGCCGAGGAAGCACCUCACUGGCGCAUUGGCGCAAAAUUGUACCUGGCUCUCUCGAUAUUAGCAGCUAUUCUUUUCGUCACUAUACAUUUUGCUUUCAAGUGGGAGAAGCACACGAAGCAAACGAGGGAGGGUGACCAAAAUUAUACCGACUAA